UUUGGAGCGGUUGUAAUCCAUUGCAGAAUUUGACCCAGGUCAGAUCCUGAUCUCAGUUACCCCAGUGUAAAUCCAGAGAUAACUCCAGUCAAGUCAGUAGCUAUUGCUAGUAUCAACCCAACUUUUAUUUAACAUAAUCUCCCCAACAGGGUGCAUCCCCCUGGCACAGCACUUUCCCAGUUAAAUCAGUACAUGGGGUGGGGGAGAGAGACACUGAACCUUAAAUCUUUAUCCCUCAAGUCCAUGCCACUGAGCUCCCUGGCUGCUGGGGUUUGGUUCCCGCAGGGGCUCCUGUUCACCAGCCUCGUGUGUCUUUUCUUUUCUUUUCUUUUCUUUUCUUUUCUUGGGGCCCCGAGUCCCGCCUCUCUGCCCGGGGAGGCAAAGGUUUGGGAAAGCAGUGAGCCAAUAAGGCCGGCCCCUAGCAAGCAGCCCUGAUAGGGUAACGCUGCUUGGCUGGGCUUUUUUUCAGAACUGCUCAGCUUGCUGGCUGGGAGCUGGUUCCCUCAGCAUCUUCCCUGGGAGGCAGCGAGCAGAGGCUGGGGAAGGCACCCUGAUCUUUCACCUGCCCUCUAGCCAGUAGGGAAGGCCAGGCGGGGGGGUGUGGCUAAGCUCUAUCCUGCCAAUCACCUUCACUUUUGACAGCCAGCCUUCUCCUCCCCCCAUCACCCCCCCCAUCAGUGAACUCUGCUGCCAAAGUGUUCUCGGGGAGGACCGUCAAAAGCAAUGACAUCAGUAUUUUAAACCAACUUGUUAUUCGGGGAGCAAUCAGUUGCAAUUAGGUAUUAAUUAAGUAUUAUGAAAGUUGAUUAUUUGAGUGAAUUCGGCUUUCGUCUCUCCGACUAUGCUGAAAGAAGUAUAUGCACUGACGCAACCUCAGGAAAAUCCAAGAUGGCUGCCAAGCGCAAAGGCGGCCUGAAGCUAAAUGCGAUCUGUGCCAAGCUCAGCCGCCAGGUGGUCUUUGAUCAUGGGGGAUCGGAACAGGUGCGGUUGGACAAGGGUCCCCAAAGGGAAAGCGGCAACAAGGAACCGCCCCAGCCUGAGACCAAGGAGCUGGGGGCCAAAUUUUCUGAUGGACUUAACCGUGUUCAGAAGAUAGAGGAGAACAAGCGGAGGGAGGUGAUUGAGAAGUGGGUGAACGGGGAGUACAAUGACGAGACCCUGCUGGGCCGAGCAGAGGGCAAGGAAUGUAAGGCCGCCGAGAAUGUGGAGGUGCCCCCCGAAGGGGUUUACAUGGUACAGCCCAAGGGCUGCAGCGAUGAAGAAGAUAAUGGGGAUGAGGCAGACGGCAGCUUCCCGGACGACAGGGAUUCAGAUGGGCCUGCCUCCAAGGAUGAAAGAUACCGACCCUCCAGCGGCCAGACGGGCUCCAAGCUGGCUGGAGGAGCUGCCUCAGGGGAAGCUUCUUCCCUGCGCGAUUACGCCGCCACCACCAUGAACGAGUUCCUGGGCAUGUUUGGCUACAACGACCAGAACAUGCGGGAUGAGCUGACCCGCAAGAUCAGCUUCGACAAGCUGAACGCUGCUACCUCAGAGGCCUCCUCUGCCACUGCCUCCCUCCCUGGCGAGGACGCCAUGAGCAAGCGAGCCCGCUUCUCCAAGUACGAGGAGUAUAUCCGCAAGCUCAAGGCCGGCGAACAGCUCUCUUGGCCCAUCCACCCAGCCAAGUCGGAGGAGCUGAGCUCCAAGCUGGGCAAGGAGCCUUCAUCAGUGCUGACACAGCCCAUCCGAGUACUGCCGGGGCCGGAUGCCACCCUGCUAACAGAGACCAAAGCCACCAUACUGCCCUUGCCCUCUUCGAGCAGCUCCCAGAUGCAGGGCCUGAUGUCGCGGGCCUCCAAGUACGACUUCUUCAUCCAGAAGCUGAAGACGGGUGAGAGCAUCAGGCCACAGAAUGGCAACACCUACAAGAAGGCCUCUAAGUAUGACCUGGAAAACGUCAAGUACUUGCAUCUCUUUAAGCCCGGCGAGGGCAGCCCAGACAUGGGUGGGGCCAUUGCCUUCAAGACAGGCAAGGUGGGCCGGCCUUCCAAGUACGAUGUGAGGAACAUCCAGAAGCUCACUCCAGUCAAGGCUCCAACACCCAGCCUGGCACCCAACCCUCUUGCCAGUACCCCCAGCAGCGCUCCAGUGGCUGGGCCUGAGCAGCCCGUCUCCUUGCCGUUCAACACCCCUGAGUACCUGAAGUCGACCUUCUCCAAGACGGACUCCAUCACGACUGGGACAGUCUCUACGGUCAAGAACGGAUUACCCACUGACAAACCAGCUGUCACCGAAGAUGUAAAUAUUUACCAGAAAUAUAUUGCCAGGUUCUCUGGGAGUCAGCACUGCGGACACAUACACUGUGCAUACCAGUACCGGGAACAUUACCACUGCCUCGAUCCGGAAUGCAACUAUCAGAGAUUCACUAGUAAACAGGAUGUGAUUCGGCAUUACAACAUGCAUAAGAAACGUGAUAACUCCCUCCAGCACGGCUUCAUGCGCUUCAGCCCCUUGGAUGACUGCAGCGUGUACUACCAUGGCUGUCACCUGAAUGGGAAAAGCACACACUACCAUUGCAUGCAGGUGGGCUGUAACAAGGUAUAUACCAGCACCUCUGAUGUGAUGACCCACGAAAACUUCCAUAAGAAGAACACGCAGCUGAUCAACGAUGGGUUCCAGCGGUUCCGAGCCACAGAAGACUGUGGCACUGUGGACUGCCAGUUCUAUGGGCAGAAAACCACUCACUUCCACUGCAGGCGACCUGGGUGUACGUUCACUUUCAAGAACAAGUGCGACAUCGAGAAGCACAAGAGCUACCACAUCAAGGACGAUGCCUACGCCAAGGAUGGCUUCAAGAAGUUCUACAAGUAUGAGGAGUGCAAGUACGAGGGCUGCGUCUACAGCAAGGCCACUAACCACUUCCACUGUAUUCGGGCGGGCUGUGGCUUCACCUUUACCUCCACCAGCCAGAUGACCUCCCACAAGCGCAAGCAUGAGCGCCGGCACAUCCGCAGCUCGGGGGUGUUGGGCCUCCCCUCCUCUCUCCUGGGAGCCAAGGAUAAUGAGCAGGAGGAGUCCAGCAACGAUGACCUCAUUGACUUCUCCGCCAUGAGCUCUAAGAACUCCAGCCUGAGUGCCUCCCCUACCAGUCAGCAGUCUUCCGUCUCCCUGAUCAUCCCGGCUGCGCUGCCUUCUGCUGCUGAGCUUGCCUCCUCUCAGGCCUGUAAGCCCACCAACAACAUGCCACCGGCCACCAAGAUCUCCGGCCUGCUCUCCCAGGCCCUCCCCAGCAAUAUACCUUUGGCCCUGGCGCUCACCAACUCAGCACUUCCCGGAACGGCCAGCUCCUACUUCCCCAUCAUCCCCAGCCGGGUCUCCACACCACAUCCCGCCAACUCAGCCAAUCUAAUGACUGCUGGUUCAUCCAGCACAAAUCCAGUAUCCUCUACUGCUGCCAAUUCCCCCUCCCAAGCUGUCUCAGGGUCCAGUGAGCCAACAGCCACCUCUUCUCCAGGUCCAGCAGCAUCCAUUAUGGAGAGGAUCUCUGCCAGCAAAGGAUUGAUCUCACCUAUGAUGGCCAGGCUGGCAGCGGCAGCCCUCAAGCCAUCCAUGGCACUCGAAGCAGGGAACGGGCAACUAAUGACUCCCUGCCGGUUCAAUCCGGUUCAAGUGAAGCAGGAGCCCGUGGAGAGUGUGGUGUCCUCAUCCCUGGCGACCCAGGAUUCCUUGCAGGAGCACAGCCUGGACCUGAGCGUGAAAGAUCAUGGUAAUGAAUCAAAUGGCCACACAGUCUCAGCAAAUUCAUCUCUUUUAUCCUCGCUUAUGAAUAAGAUGAACCAGUCCAAUGCCAGCCUUGGCAGCUUGCCAAGCUUGAAGACAGAAGGAGAUGGCAACCAGGCAGGGUCUGGUGAGCCAAUGCAAUACCUGGGCAAAGCAGUGAAGGCACUUGUUCAGGAGAAAAUCUCUGAGCCCUGGAAGAUGUACUUGCGCAGGUUUGGUACCAAGGAUUUCUGUGAUGCCCACUGCGACUUCCUCCAUAAAGUGCAUUUCCACUGCGUGGUGGAGGAAUGUGGUGCCCUCUUCAGCACCUUGGAUGGGGCCAUCAAACAUGCCAAUUUUCACUUCCGAACAGAGGGUGGAGCUGUGAAGGGAAACUCUGAGUCUCCUUUCCCAAGUGCUGCAGAGACCAAGACUUCCUUGGCCCCCUCGUCGCCAUCCACUACUUCCGUCACUAUGGCAAGCGCUCCCAUCCUGGAUGUGCCCACUCCGAGCCCAGCGACUGUGCCCUCUGCCCCCACACUGCUAGCUUGGAAGCAGCUGGCUUCCACCAUACCCCAGAUGCCUCAGAUCCCAGCAUUGGUGCCUAACCUGGCAACUUCACCCUUGGCAACAACUUCCCUAGAGAACGCCAAGCCUCAGGUCAAACCUGGAUUCCUCCAGUUCCAGGAGAAUGACCCCUGUCUGGCGACAGACUGCAAGUAUGCCAACAAGUUCCACUUCCAUUGUCUCUUCGGGAACUGCAAGUACGUGUGCAAAACCUCUGGCAAAGCAGAGUCCCACUGCCUGGACCACAUCAACCCCAACAACAACCUGGUGAAUGUGCGAGACCAGUUUGCUUACUACUCGCUCCAGUGUCUCUGUCCAAACCAGCACUGUGAAUUCAGGAUGCGGGGACAUUACCACUGUCUUCGGCCUGGCUGCUACUUUGUGACCAACAUCACCACCAAACUUCCCUGGCAUGUGAAGAAACAUGAGAAGGCAGAGCGAAGAGCAGCCAAUGGUUUCAAGUACUUCACUAAACGGGAAGAGUGUGGCAGGCUAGGUUGCAAGUAUAACCAGGUGAACAGCCAUUUCCACUGCAUUCGAGAGGGCUGCCAGUUUUCCUUCCUACUCAAGCACCAAAUGACAUCCCACGCCAGGAAGCACAUGAGGAGGAUGCUCGGGAAAAACUUUGACCGAGUUCCCACGCAGGUUAUUGGCCACACUUCAAGAAAUGAAAAUCUCCCCCAUGUUGGCAGCAUGGCACCCAGCCCAGCUUCAUCAGGAACCCCAGCUUCCUUUCAGGGACCCCAAAGCAUGAUGGACAUUGAAACAGAUGAGUACAUGGAUUACACUGGCUGUAGCCCCGGGGGCAUCUCCUCUGAAUCCUCCAAUAUGGACCGCAGCUGCUCCAGCACUCCAGUGGGCAAUGAAAGCACAUCAGCAGGGAACACCAUCACCAUGCCAACUGCCUCGGGGGCCAAAAAGCGCUUCUGGAUCAUCGAGGAUAUGUCUCCAUUUGGCAAGCGCCGCAAGACAGCCUCCUCGCGCAAGAUGCUGGAUGAGGGGAUGAUGCUGGAGGGUUUCCGCCGCUACGAUCUCUACGAGGACUGCAAGGACACCAACUGCCAGUUCUCCCUCAAGGUCACCCACUACCACUGCACCCGGGAGAACUGUGGCUACAAGUUCUGCGGCCGCACCCACAUGUACAAGCACGCCCAGCAUCACGACCGUGUCGACAACCUGGUGCUGGAUGACUUCAAGCGCUUCAAGUCCUCACUGAGCUGCAACUUCCCCGACUGCCAGUUCUCUGGCAACAGCACGCACUUCCACUGCCUGCGCUGUGGCUUUCGCUGCACUGACAGCACCAAGGUGACUGCCCACCGCAAGCACCACGGCAAGCAGGACGUCAUCAGUGCUGCCGGCUUCUGCCAGUUCAGCUCCAGUGUGGACUGCGAGGUGCCCGACUGCAAGUACAAGCUCAAGUGCUCCCACUUCCACUGCACCUACCCCGGCUGCAAACAUACUGUGGUGGGCAUGUCACAGAUGGACUCGCACAAGCGCAAGCAUGAGAAACAGGAGCGGGGGGAGCUGCCAGCCAUCUCUCCCGGCCCCGAGGGCCUCCAUCACUCCACCCUGGAGUAUGACAUCCAGAACUCUUCCGUAAACUUGGACAGUUCCCUCAACCUCAGCACUGAUGCCAACAGCUCCCUCUUCUUCCUGCAGAAUGCAGCUGGUGUGGGCCUCAAUGACUCCUUGGACCUCAGCAAGAAGCUACCGGAGGCUGCUGCUGGUCCAUCACCCAGCAGAGUAGGGACAAGCCCUCACGAGAGCAGGGUGAUGGUAUCCAACUCCGGCGAUGUGGAGGAUGAAGACGAUUCAUCCCAAGAUGAGACAGAGGAGGAGGAGAUAAAUGAGGAAGAGGAUGAUGAUGAAGAGGAUGACGAUGAUGAUGACGAUGACGAUGACGAAGAUGAGGAAGACCUGAACACAGACUCUGAAGAGUCACUCCCCGACCCUGAGGGCCUGGCCACUAAAGAGGAUGGGGAAACAGGGGAGGCCUCUACUUCCAUAGACCAUGGUGAUGCUUCCAGGCCUCUGGAUGAGCCAAACCCAGACCUCGUGUCAGCCCCCACCCCUACCCUGACCCCAACCCACACCCUCGCACCGGCAGCUUCUCCUUAACCUUAGAGACAGCAGCAGGUUUGGUUUUGCUCUUAAAUGAAAUUAUUAAGAGGACCCCUUAUGAGGCGAGAACAAAGCACCGGGACGGAAAGCGACAAAACGAACUCCACACCGCACGCAUGAGGCCCCACGGGACCGACAGGACAGACAUGGUCGCAUGGGGCCAGUGCACCAUCACUUCAUUCUGCGGAUGACAGAAGACAGGGCAGGACGCAGAGACACGAAACCCUUCUAGAUGGAUACUAGCUCUGAGGGUGACAUCUGCUCUCCUUUCCUCCCCUCAUUGUGGGGCGUGUGCCCAGUCUCGGGACCCCUUCUUUUGGGGUGGGCUUUUCCCCCCCUCUUUUAUUUCUGGAUUUUAUUUUUCCAUGGUUUUAGUUGUAUGAUACUAAUAAUAAUCUCCACUCCUCAGAAGGAGGGUGUGGGGAUGGCAGGUGAUGAAUUUUAGAAUUAUAUGGGUUUUUUUAAGUGCGUGUAAGGAACUGGUGGCACAAAGGCAACUAGCUAAGCCUUUACCGGGGGGGUGGGUGGGUGUCUUUUUCUUUUUUCCAGCAUUAAAUAAAUGGGAGAGACUGAUGCACCAGACAGCAAGGGUGGGAGGGGGUAUUUAUUAUCUUACGAACGAGGAAGCAUUAAUGAAUCAGUGGGGCUGGGAAUGGAACACUUCUCUGUUCUUCCAGAUUCUCUUUAUUAUUAUUAUUAAUAAUAAUAAUAAUUUUUAAAUGCUGUUUAUAUUGUUAAGCUUCCCUUUGUUUAGAACUGUUGGAACAGCUGUAGGUCACCUCCCCCAGCUCCUGCUGAUCUCCUGGUAGUGAUCUAGCUGCAGCCAUGGUAGGGAAGGUCGCCAUAUGGCAGUUAAAGGGUCUGUCACUCACACUGGAGGACUGGGGUUUAACCCCCACUCCCAUCCCCAGGUGCUACCCCUUUUUCUCUAGAUUUAGGCUCUUUCUUUUUGGUGCUUCAGAGACAGCACCCCUGUCUCAGGCAGGCUGUGAAUGGAGGCAGGAGUAGAAGGUGAGAUUAGCAUCCUUUGCCUCAGUGCAGCUGGAGGGGAAGCACUCCUGCUGCUGGAAGAGCAAUGCCUUGCCACUUGCCCUCUGAUGCAGGGCGAUUAAAUUUUUUAAAUGAUGAGCAAGCAAAAUAUCCUCAGUGUUUUCCUCCUCAAGGUGAGAGUGGGCAAGUAGAUUCUGUGCAAAGGCUAAUGAAUUUCCUGAAGGGGGGAGAGAGCAUAGCCACCACCCACACAGAAAGGGUGGGGGGAAUUAAGGUAGACACUGGGCCAGCAGUGGGACAACAUAGCUCUCUCUCCAGCAUCUGAGGAGACAGCCAUUGCUUGCUCAGGUCCUGCACCCAAAUACCCUUGGCUGCUGUAAGCCACUCCUGUGGCACGGCGAGCAGUGGAACCUGAGAGCACUGCUACCUCCAGUGCAGCAGGGUGUCAAGCUUACUCCACAUGGGCGAAUGGCACCAAGGCCUGCAGGCAGCACCAUGGUAGCUGGACAGACCUACAGCACUCAAAUGGUUACAAGCUCUCCCACUUUUCUCUUCCCCCAACCCUGCCAGUAAAGAGUUUACACACACACUACAGGAGACUAUCCACCAUUUUCAUAGAUGACAGUUGCUGUUUGACCCCCAAGUCCUGAAACAGAGAGCUUGUCUACACAUGUGCACUGGCCCCAGAAGGACAAAGUGUGAAUGAAGCUUGAUGCAGUGAUUUCGGUGCCAGUGUGUAGACCAACUGGGCAUUUUGCUCCCUUGUGUCUAAGACUUUGCCCUUGUUUAUUUUGUUCUGUUUUAAUUAUUUUUUCUAAUAACAAACCCCCUAAGCCCAAGGAAUCCCUGUCAUUCAUUUCUACCCUACACAGAAAGAGGCCUCAAGCAGUUUUGGUUGUUUUCUUAUUAUUUUCCUAAGGAGCCAGCGUGGAUCUGGGUCCAAAUGAUAGACAAGCUCCUCAGCUGUUUAAAUGCAGGGAGAUGUUUGGAUAACGCUUAAAAAGGAAAGGGGGGGGGAGAGAAAAAGGAAAAAAAUAACAAAAAAAAGGACUGUACAGUAUUUUUCCUUUAAAGGUUAUUAUAUAUAGAACAAAGAGAAACAAUGCCUGCCAGAGGAGACGGGCCUGCCUUCUGGAUAGCCCUUAGAGCCUAGAUUUGGUUACUUGUGUGCAAUUUGUUUUUCUCUUUCAGGGUUUGGGUUUUUGUUGGGUUUUUUUAAGAAUUUAUUGGUAGGGGGCAGCAGAGGAGGGAGGGGCCUUAACUUCAUGGUUUGAGGCUGUCUUCAUACUCCUAGCACUGACUGGAGCUGCACGAUUCCGAAUUUUAACUUGAAUUUUGUAGACAAACAAAUGGCUGUUGUGAAAAGAAGUUUGUAGUUUAAUUUAAUAUGGUGGGGGCAGGGGUUUGCUAGCGGUUAUUUGUGUGGCUUUUAUUUUUCAUAUGGUUUUAUUUUUGUUUGUUACUCUUCCCCGCCUCCCCCACCCCGCUUCUUGUUUUCUAGUACAGUCCUCCCCUAUUACUCCCCACACACACCAAUAUAAGGAAACUAGCUUCCUUAGUGAGUACAGAGAGGGACUUGGGGCAUGUUGUCCCAGAGGCAGGAUGGAUUAGAUUGGCUGUAUUUAGAGCAUUUAGCUGCAGGUUUUAUACUGUGUUGCCCUUGUCCAAGCACUUACCUACUAGCGUGAUGGGUGCUAUAGAAAACCCUCUAGUCCUAACAUGGCUCCAAAUCUGCAAAUACACACACCAGUGCUUAAUUUGCACCAUUGAAGUCAACGGUGUUUUGCCAUUUACUUCAAUGGGACUGCAAGCUUAGAACUCCAUACAGUCAUAAGGAUGUUCAGGAUUGGGGAGCCCCUGGAAGGGGUAAGAUAAUGGAGAUGGAUAACUCCCUGCAGUUAGUGGUUGCUAUGCAGGACAGCUAGGAGCCUGCAUCUUCAGAUCUCACCAGCCUCCACUGACCGAAUCCUAUAAGGUGGCAGGUGAAAGCAGCUGUGUAGGGCAGAGGUCUGAGAAGAGAACCACCACUCCCUCCCCCACUGUCAACCCCACAGUGUCUCAAGCAGGAGCUGCGUUUAUGACUCAUCCCUGCCCCCCCCCCCCCCCAUCCAUCUCUGACCCAUACACCAAACCCUCUUCCCACCUUAAACAGUUCUUUUUUUCAGGAGCUGGCACUGGGAAAGGACAGGCUGGUACCAGACUCAGCCCGCCCAACAAGGGCCUGAUCUGGCAACACGCUGAACUCCCUCCCAUAGCACUCACUGAGAGUGCCCACCACCUCAAGACGGGGCCUCAGGUUGACCCGCACUGCUCAAUCUGCCUAUCCCUGAUUGCAUUUCCUUUUCUUUCUUUCUUUCCAACUGAAAACUCAAGAUGGGUUAAAACCAACAAGUCUUUUUCGCCACAUAAAGACCCUCAUUCAACAAAGCCUUUAAACAUAGCAAAUAAAUUGCGUGGUUAUUUUAAUGAGACGUGAACAUGGGCUUCUAGUUAGCAUUUCCUUAAGGGAGUUGCUGAACAGGGAUGGAUUUAAGUGCGUUCCUGAACUGAGGCCAUGUACAGCACACAGGACUCCAGUUCAGCAAGUGGUGUAUGACUUUAAGCACUGGAGUCAGUGGGGCUGCUCACAUGAUGAAAUUUAGGCAUGUGUUUAAAAUAGCUUGCUGACCUGAGGACCAGGGAGUUCAACUGACUGACUUAGGAGCGGGAGAGACAAGACCGAAUUAGUCUGUUCAAAACAAAAUAAAAACAAAAGCCCUUGAGACAAACCCUCCCAAUUCUGCCACCAUUCGCUGCUGGAGAGAGAGAAAAAAGCAACGAGGCCAUUCUAGACACACACUCAACUGGAUUAAUGUCUGUGUAGAAGAAAUUUU